GGGAUGAUGAGUGGAAGGCGUAAAGGCCCGUCGCUGGCUGAGGGAGAUUCUUCUUCUUCUCCUCCUCCUCCUCCUCCCGAGCAUGGAGAAGCGGCGAAGAAGCGAGUCAAGCGGGAGGUGCGCGCCGCGUUCUCUGCGGCCGUGAGGGAGCCGCUCAUGAGGGAGAAAGUGGCCGCGGCCUGGGCCCGCAAGGAGGCGCUCGACCACGAGGCUAUUGUGCUGGAUCCUGUUCCCUUCCACCACUGCAUCAUCCCAAACUUUAUACAGAAUGAAGGCUUUUUAGAAGGGUUACAGAAAGAACUUUUGAGCUUGGAUUUCCAUGAAAAGUGCAACGACUUGUACAAAUUCAAACAGUCAGAUGACUUGAAGAAAAGAGGAGAGCCUCACAUUGCUGCAUUAAGAAAAGUUCUCUUUGAAGAGUUCCAGGCUUGGCUUUCUGAGGUGGCCCAAGUGGAGCUGGAGUCAACUGUUGAUCUCUCUUGUGCUAAAUAUGAGUAUACAGAUACCCUGCUGUGCCAUGACGACGAGUUGGAGGGGCGGCGAAUCGCCUUCAUUCUUUACCUUGUGCCGCCGUGGGAUAAGAAUGAUGGGGGCACCCUGGACCUGUUCAGCACAGACGAGAACUUCGAACCUUUGCAAAUCAUCAAGUCGAUCAUCCCUUCAUGGAACUCGCUCACUUUCUUUGAAGUAUCGCCAGUCUCUUACCACCAGGUGUCUGAAGUCAUUUCCAAAGAGAAGUGCCGUUUGUCUGUGAGUGGCUGGUUUCACGGCCCCUCGGUCGCAAGGCCGGCGCGCCAUGUUGAGCCCCUCCCCCCACGGGUCCCCCACGUCCCUCAUGAUCAUGAAAUCUUAUAUGACUGGAUCAAUCCCAUUUAUCUGGACAUAGAUUCCCAGGCUCAGAUCCAAGAGGAAUUUGAAGAUCGGUCUGAGAUUUUGCUGAAGGAUUUUCUCAAGAGAGACAAGUUUCAGCUGGUCUGUGAAGCUCUCAAGAAGGAAGAACUCAGAUGGAGCACCAGGGGGCCCCCUCACAAAAGGCACUAUGAAAAAGCUGAAGAGGCAAGCUUGCCAGCCACCUUGACGGCUUGCAUGGAGCUCUUCCACUCGGAAGCCAUGUUCCUGCUCCUUUCCAACUUCACAGGCUUGAAGCUGCAUUUCUUAGCUCCUGAGGAGGAAGAGGAGGGUAGCACAGCUGCAGGAGGAGAUUCCUCCAAAUGCCCACAAGAGCAGAGCAGUCAAGAGGAAACUGACAGAGACCAUGCAGAGGAGCCUGGCAGAACCUCAGGAAAUGAGGACUACAACGGGGAGCGUGGCGCAAGCGUCCCUCUGUGUGCCGGAGAGCUAAGACGUUGGACAAAGGGUUGCUACACCCUCGUUCAUGAUUCCCAAACAACAGAGUUCGCUCUUGACCUGCUGCUCUUCUGUGGGCGUGAAGAUUGGGACGUGGAAUGUGGCGGGUUCACUUCAUACAUUGCAAAAGGUGAAGAUGAAGAGCUGCUGACGGUUAAUCCAGAGGCCAACUGCUUGGCCUUGGUUUACAGAGAUCGAGAGACGCUGAAAUUUGUGAAGUACAUUAAUCACCGUAGUUUGAAGCCGACGGCAGCGCAUCCUGAACAAACCGGAUUCUGGGACUUCUGCUUUGUUUACUAUGAAUGACUGAUGGCAUGGAGUUGUGGUGGCGGUGGAUCAUAUAUCCUACUAAAAAACUCAGAGGGGCAAUUUUUGUUAUAGGCUAAGAUCUUAUGGCUAUGCCAUCUCCUCUUCGCAGCUGUCUUAACAGAAGUUAAUUCUGUGCCUUUAUCAAGCGUGUCCCUUUAUGAAACUUGUAUUUAU